ACCUUUAUGAGUGAGGAAGAAGGUCGUGAGAGGGCGGUUACCGUCGAAGGAGAUGCUGAAUCCAUGAAUGAUGGUAGGGCUUUGGUACAACCGCCAGCUAGAAGUGGAGAUGUUAUUACACCCACCAGAGCUGUUCUUACACUUUCCAAAUCCAUGUUCAAUGCCGGAUGUUUCUCCCUCCCGUAUGCUUGGAAACUUGGAGGUCUUUGGGUCUCAUUCGUAAUGUCUUUCGUUAUUGCUGGUCUUAACUGGUACGGAAAUCACAUUCUCGUGAGGGCGAGCCAGCAUCUUGCUAAAAAAUCCGACAGAAGUGCUCUGGAUUACGGUCAUUUUGCGAAGAAAGUUUGUGACUAUAGUGAUAUUCGAUUUUUGAGGAACAACAGCAAAGCAGUCAUGUAUUUUGUCAAUGUGACUAUUUUGUUCUACCAGUUGGGAAUGUGCAGUGUCGCGAUUCUUUUCAUUUCUGAUAACUUGGUAAAUCUCGUUGGCGAUCAUCUCGGAGGAACGCGGCACCAACAAAUGAUUCUUAUGGCUACAGUAUCGCUGUUUUUCAUUCUUCUCACCAAUAUGUUCACUGAAAUGCGUAUAGUCUCAUUCUUUGCUCUCGUCUCUUCAGUAUUCUUUGUUAUUGGAGCAGCGGUUAUUAUGCAGUACACUGUUCAACAGCCAAAUCAGUGGGACAAACUACCCGCCGCUACGAACUUCACCGGGACAAUUACUAUGAUUGGAAUGAGCAUGUACGCAUUUGAAGGUCAAACUAUGAUUCUACCGAUUGAGAAUAAACUUGAUAACCCGGCCGCUUUCCUCGCCCCAUUCGGAGUUCUGUCGACAACUAUGAUCAUUUGUACUGCAUUCAUGACAGCUCUCGGAUUUUUCGGAUACACUGGAUUUGGAGAUUCUAUUGCUCCAACAAUCACAACGAAUGUACCAAAAGAAGGUCUUUAUUCAACAGUAAAUGUAUUCCUUAUGCUUCAAUCUCUUCUUGGUAAUUCCAUUGCAAUGUACGUCGUCUACGAUAUGUUCUUCAAUGGAUUCCGUCGGAAAUUCGGUGCCCGAUUCCCAAAUGUUCCAAAGUGGCUGUCAGAUAAAGGAUUCCGUGUCUUCUGGGUGCUUGUCACGUAUCUUAUGGCAGUUUUGAUUCCAAAACUUGAAAUCAUGAUUCCAUUAGUCGGAGUUACAAGUGGUGCCCUGUGUGCUUUAAUUUUCCCACCAUUCUUCGAAAUGAUCACCUUCUGGACCGAUUGGAAGGGACUUCUGACAUAUCGUCAACGUAUGACAAAGAUCUUCAUCAACCUCGUCGUCAUGGCUAUUGGAGUAUUUGCCAUUAUCGCCGGAGUCUACACAAAUAUUCAUGCAAUUAUCCAAUCAUUCUCUCAACCGGAUCCUUAAAUCUGUUGACAUAUCAGUUUUCAUACCAUUCAUCCCGGUUGUCACACUUUUCAACAUUUUCUCACUUUUUUCGAUCAUUCCAUCACCUCGAAUUCUAUCCUAACACCGGUACAUAGUUUUCUUCUCGCUUUUUCUCAUUUUUCCAUGUUUUAUUUUAUGUACAUUUCGAACUUUUCCCAUUUUCUCAUUUUCCCUCCCCCGCACCCAACAUACACUAGUCACUUUGUCCCCCCAACGAACUGGUUAGUUAUUUUUUAUUGCAUUUAUAAUUAUAUUAGUAUAUUUUAUUUCCUGUUGAAUUCCAUGAAAAUGUCUAUUGUUUGAUGAACUCGUCGAAACGACU